AUGUCGAAGAGUCCUGGUGAAAACCUCGAAGCUAGUCGCUCUAAUCCUCUUUCUCACUAUGAGGAAAAUGAACAUAUUGCUGAUGAUAUCGUUAGCAGAAUCGAAGAAGAACGUGAGGAGAUAACAGACGAUGAAGAUGCAGAAGAGUUCAUUAGAAAGUAUGGGGAUAUAAAUUUCAAGUAUAUUAAACGUCCUAAAGAUGCUGUUUGGUUCAUUAGACCCCAUGCAUUGAACUAUUUCAAAGAUGGGGUGCUUUAUCGUACCAAAGGUGAAAGAACCUCGUCCAAGACAGAAUUGUUCCUUGAUUUGAUGUACGUUGGUAUCAUUGCCAAUUUAGCAGGUACUGCAUCAGAAAACGCAAGUGGAGCUGCUUUGUUGAAGUAUGUCCUUACAUUUGUCCCAGCUUGGACUGUGUGGGCGGAUAUCAAAGAUUUUACCAAUUACUAUUAUAAUGAGGAUUUAUCCCAGAAGUUGUACAUCAUGUGGAUCUUGGCACUUUUAACCUUGUACGUUAACAGUCAAGGUGCAGUGUUGGAACUGAGAGAAGGUGCUGCGUAUACAAUUGUGCCAUACAUCAUGUGUAGAAUGUCAUUGGCGCUAAGUUUAUUAUUGUAUUCCUUUUAUAUCCCAGAGCACAGACCACAACAAAGAUUAUACGCCUGCUUCAUAACAUUUACUUGUUGUCUUUGGAUUCCUGUAAUUUUCAUAUCAACGAGAGCUAAAAUUGGAUUGUCAAUCACUAUUAUGGUUUUGGAAAACGUUUUGUUUAUGAUUGCCUAUCAUCCAUACACGAAGAGAGUAAUGAACUUGAGAAUGUCUACUGCAUUAAACAUUGAACAUGAAGUAGAAAGAUUUGCAACCUUCGUCACCAUUGCGAUUGGUGAAUUUUUAUACAAGGCAGUUGCUACUGGUGGAUUGGGCGUUGGAUUUAGCGAUAAAUUCGCAAGGGGAAUAUUUUUGAUUAUGAUUGCCUACACAUUAUUUUGGAUUUAUAACAAUGGAUCAACAGUUAAGUGUGCUACCCAUGCUUUAAGAAGGAACGGUUUUACUGCUUGUAUUUGGAUUUACGCUCAUUUACCAUUGGUAGCAGCCUUAGUUUUGGCAGCAGAUGCAGGUGGGGACAUAACUUUACUGGAUACCACCAGCUUGGCCAAGACACACUCUUCCACAUCAGAAGAGAUUAUAUCAAGUGGAGAGGAACACUCAAGAAGAUCAGAGUCCAGUGGGGAAGAAGAGCACAAUAUGUAUGCAUUGUCAUUGUUUUUCACGGGAAGUCUUUGUGUUGCUUUGGUUUCACUUGCAGUUCUUGGAUUACUUGAUGAGUCAAAAGAUCCGAAAGACAUGUUCAUUAUUCCAAGAUUUUGGAGAGUCAUAAUGCGUGUUCCAGUUGGAAUAAUUAUUCUUUGCUUAAGUUUUGCCGAACUUCAAUCUACUGUGCUUAUGGGAAUAGUUGUGGCUUUGCUAGUAGUAUUAUUAGUUUUCGAAAGUUUUACAUCUACGCCAAAGAAUUGUUUGAACAUCACACGGCCCAUAAAUUUAGCUUCCGAUUCGAACUAG